GUUAUUUUACUUAAUUUUACGUAUAAACUACGUACCUUAUUAAACCUUUUAUAAUGAAUACAUGCAGAACUUGCCUCAUAACUUCAGCUAGAAAUGAUAUUUCAGACCUGGAAAAGAGCAUAAAAGAUGACAAAAGAAAAUGCAUUGAUAUCAUGGCGUUUUGUUUAGAUAUAAAGGUUACAGAAGACACCAAAAUAACCACGAAACUGUGUGAUACCUGCUAUAGAAAUAUCAUCUCGUUUUACAACUUUAAGGUUUUAGCUUUAGAAAACGAUGCAUAUCUUAAAUCUCUGAACCCACUAGAGAAGCCUGCAGACCAUAAUCUAACUCUGUAUGUGGAUGAAAACGGAAUCAAACACGAGAAUAUCGUGGAGUCAGAUGAUUUUGGCCCGAGUGUAAUAGAAUAUUGCAAUAGAGAAAUUAAAAUAGAAAUAGAUGUAAAGGAUGACAGACAAGAAGAUUCAGAAAUAAUAGAUAAUGUAAAGGAAGAAGAUACAUUUGCAGAUGUAGAUUUAGAUGAAGAGCCACUGAGUGUGGUACAAAAAGUUGAAUAUGAAAAUUUUGAGGAUGAUUCCAAAGAAGAGGCUCCAGAACACAAUAGUGGGCAGCGGAUGUUGAAGUGCAAGGCCUGUCCUAAGCAGUUUGUCACUUUUGGCGGGCGGAGCAAACAUUACCAGACCACACAUUUAGGCAAAAGGUCCAAAUGUGAUAUUUGUUAUAAAGAGGUGGUGCACCUACCGGAGCACAAGCUGCGCAUACACAACCCUUCAGGCAUGCGGUUCAACUGCUCGGUGUGCAAGCGCCCUUUCAUCAAACAGGCGGAGCUGGACUUGCACAUGCUCACGCACACCAAGGACUACAAGUUCCAGUGCGAUGUGUGUCAGAGAAAGUUCAGCUGCAAGGGUUUGCUCUCGCUACAUAUACGCCAGGUCCAUGAAAAAGAAAGGAACUAUAAAUGUAAACAUUGCCCUAAGGCUUUCUUUGCCAGAAAGAAACUCGAAAGACAUUCAAGGACACACACGAGCGACGUGUCCGUGUCCAAACUCGGAAAAGAAUAUCAAAUCUGCGAAGAGUGCGGCGUGUCCGUAGUCAACCUCAAAACGCACGCGGCGCGCCACCAGCCCAAGGACGAGCGGCGCCGGCUGCAGUGCAAGGCGUGUCCCAAGACAUUCUACACCAUAGGAGGCCGGAAAAGACAUUACAAGACCACGCAUUUGGGCAAGAUACCCAGGUGUGAUAUUUGUAAUAAACAGGUGGUGAGCGUGACGGAGCAUAAAAGGCGCAUGCACGCGCCGGGUGAGCUCCCGUUCGAGUGCGCCGAGUGCGGGCGCCGCUGCGCGUCCAAGUCUCUGCUCGACGUGCAUAUGCUCACACACACCAGGGACUAUAAACACGAGUGUGAUGUUUGUCAGAAGAAGUUCAGCUCUAAGACUUUCCUUUCGAUGCACAGGCGGGAAGUGCAUGAAAAAGAAAGGAACCAUCAAUGUGAAUUUUGUCCUAAGGCAUUCUUCAAGAAAGAUAAACUAAAAGAACAUAUAAGGUGCCACACGAACGAGCGGCCAUACACCUGCAACGAGUGCGCCCGAUCGUUCACGAAAAAGAUCCUUCUCACCAAACACCUGACCUCGCACAGCGGCGUCCGCAAGUUCCUCUGCAAACUGUGCAAUAAAAGCUUCAAGACGUCAGGGAACUUGUCCGUGCACAUGGUCAGCCACACGAAGGAGAAGCGCUACCCGUGCGCGUUCUGCGGCGCGCGCUUCGGCCGCUCCGACCACCGCAACCGGCACCAGCUCACCGCGCACAAGAAACACGGACAGACUGAAGCGGACAAAAAACCUGACAGUUGAUAAAUAAUGAUAUAUAAAAUUAAAUUAUAUAAUAAACGAGAUUUUUUGGA